AUGCUCUUUGGAAAGAAAUGGGAUCCGCGGGGGCGACACUGUUUCGUAACAGGAGGCUCUUCCGGGACAGGGCUUGCCUUGGCUGUCAUGCUAGCCCAGCGCGGAGCAGACGUUUCCAUCGUCGCUCGCAAUAAAGAGCGUCUGGACAAGGCCCUUGAGAUCCUCGAGGCGGCGCGACAGACUCCGAAGCAGAUUCUCAAGGCGUACUCCUUCGCAGUGGACUCGGAAGCGGGAUCUCUUGCAGCCAUCAAGGCAGCGAGCGAACCCUUCGAAGGACGCUGCCCAGAAGCAUUCUUCCUGGUCGCAGGAGCCGCGCGGCCGUCAUACUUCGUCGAGCAGGAUGAGGAGCUGCUCAGAAACGGGAUGCAGAUCUCGUAUUGGGCUCAAGCGUGCACGGCGCUGGCUGGGUCGAAGGAGAUGGCAAGGCAAGGCGUCAAGGGCAAAAUCGUCUUCGUCUCAUCCGUGCUCGCAUUUUUCUCUAUUGUCGGGUACUCGACGUACUCUCCUGGCAAGUUCGCCAUCCGAGGUCUCGCGGAAGCUCUUCAAAGCGAACUAAAGCUAUACGACAUCGACGUCCAUAUCUCGUUCCCGCCGACGAUCUACACUUCCGGCUACGAGGAGGAAAACAAGACGAAGCCCGCGAUCACCCUCAAGAUCGAGGAGACCGACAGCGGUCUGACCCCCGAGCAAGUCGCAGCCGGGAUCUUCAAAGGCGUCCAGCGCGGCAACUUUCAUAUUACCACUGGGUGGAUCGGAGACACGUUCCGAGCGAGUACUGCUGGCUCCUCGCCGCGCAAUAGCUACAUCGCGGAUUCACUAUAUGCGCUCUUCGGAUUCUGGUUCCUCCCGGUAUGGAGGAAGACGGUCGACUCGCAAGUCAAACGCCAUCGCGCAGAGCACCAGGAGUAUCUGAAGAGCCGGGGCUUCUUCUCCACAUAG